CAGCCGCGAUACACCCGGGACAACAAACCAGGCCGAAACACACAAACAGGGCCGUCGCCAACCCGCCGCCGAACCAACGCACCGGGAAGAGAGUGAACACGACGCGCCCGUCGCGCUGAGCCGCGUAAACCGCCCUGCGACGGGGGCCGCCCGACGAUUCGCGAGCACUAACGCGUUGCUUCCAGCGAGCUCUGUUUUCUUUCGCGAUUAGAGUUACCGCCGCCGAUGCCGUCGUCGUCACCCCCGCGGCCGGCAAUGUCGACAGCGGCGGCGAUGCGCCGCCACCCGCACCCCGCUCCUACGCCCUCCGCGCCCGCCUACCUCGCCGCGAUGCUCGCGCUCCUCGCCCUCGCCGCGAUCGCCUUCUCCCGCGUCGCCUUCCCCGGCUUCCCGCACCCGCCCGACACCCGCCGCUGCCGCCCUGACGCCGAGGGGUCUUGGUCCGCCGGCGUAUUCCUCGGGGAUUCCCCCUUCUCGCUCAAGCCCAUCGAAUACUGGGGGAUCAACAGCGACGCGGGAGCGGCGUGGCCGGUGGCAAACCCCGCGGUGACGUGUGCCGACGUGGCGAAGGCCGGAUUCCCCGUCAGCUUCGUCGCCAACCCCUUCCUCUUCAUCCAGGGGGAUGCCAUUUAUAUGUUUUUCGAGACCAAGAAUCCUGUUACAUCGCAAGGCGACAUUGCUGCUGCCGUGAGCAAGGAUGCCGGUGCAACAUGGCAGCAGCUGGGUGUAGUGUUGGAUGAGGAGUGGCACCUUUCUUAUCCGUAUAUGUUUAGCUACGAAAACAAGAUCUACAUGAUGCCUGAAAGCGGCAAGAAUGGAAACCUUCGGUUGUAUCGAGCUGUAAAUUUCCCCCUUAAGUGGAAAUUGGAAAAAGUCCUUCUGGAGAAGCCACUUGUUGACUCCGUCAUUGUAAAUUUCCAGGGUUCCUAUUGGCUCAUUGGAUCAGAUUUUAGUUCUUAUGGUGCAAAGAAGACAGGAAAAGUCUGUAUUUGGUACAGCAGCUUUCCUCUUGGUCCUUGGAGUCCGCACAAGCAAAAUUCAAUUCAUAACACGUACAACAGGUCGAGUGCUAGAAAUGGAGGUAGGCCAUUCAUUUACAAUGGUAAUCUUUAUCGCGUAGGCAAAGACCGUGGUUUUGGAUCUGGCCACAGUAUCAAAGUGUUCAAAGUUGAAGUCCUAACAGCAAAUGAAUACAAGGAAUUUGAGGUCCCGUUUGUCCUCGAAAAGCCUUUGAAGGGCCAAAAUGCAUGGAAUGGUGCACGGUCCCAUCACCUUGAUGUCCAACAGCUUCCAAUAGGUAAACUUUGGAUUGGGGUAAUGGAUGGUGACAGAGUGCCCUCGGGUGACUCAGUUCAUCGUCUGAUCUUAGGCUACAUGUUUUAUGGCGUUACUUCCAUUUUGGUUCUCCUGCUUGGUGGGCUUAUUGGUUCAAUCAAGUGCAUCUUACCACUCAGAUGGUAUCUACCACAUACUGAGAAACGGAGUGACUCCUUCAAUGUACACCAGCAGUUCUUUCUAUACCAUAAGCUUAGUUCGCUGAUCUCCAACGUUAACAAGUUGGGAUCUCUUAUUGGUUCAAGAAUUUAUUACAGAUCUUGGAAAGGCCAACUUUACAUAGGUGGGAUAACAUUGAUUUUAGUGGUCCUAACUUGCUUUGGGACUCACUACAUCUUUGGUGGCAAUGGUGCAGAAGAGCCAUAUCCUGUUAAGGGAAGAUACUCACAGUUCACAUUGUUGACCAUGACCUAUGAUGCUCGACUUUGGAAUCUGAAGAUGUUUGUGGAGCAUUACUCCAAAUGUGCAUCAGUGAGGGAGAUUGUUGUUGUCUGGAACAAAGGUCGACCCCCAGUGCAAGGUGAAUUGAAGUCGAUGGUGCCUGUGAGGGUCAGAGUUGAAAAUAAGAACACUCUGAACAACAGAUUCAACAUAGACAGAGAAAUUAAGACAAGAGCUGUUAUGGAGCUCGAUGAUGAUAUCAUGAUGACAUGUGAUGACUUAGAGCGUGGAUUCAAGGUAUGGAGGGAGCACCCUGAUAGAAUUGUUGGGUACUAUCCACGCCUUGCUGAGGGCAGGCCGCUAGAAUACCGCAAUGAGAGGCAUGCUCGGAAAAAAGGAGGUUAUAACAUCAUACUAACGGGAGCAGCAUUUAUGGAUCAUCGGCUGGCCUUCAAGAGGUAUUGGAGCAAAGAGGCUCAGACAGGAAGGCAGAUUGUCGAUAGUUUCUUCAAUUGUGAGGAUGUUCUCCUAAAUUUCUUGUUUGCAAAUGCAAGCUCGACGAGCACGGUAGAAUAUGUGAAGCCGGCUUGGGCAAUUGAUAUGUCUAAGUUCUCAGGAGUAGCCAUUAGUCGAAACACACAAGCACAUUAUCAUGUUAGGAGCAAAUGCCUUGCUAUAUUUUCAGAAAUCUAUGGGAAUUUGACUACCAAGAGGUUCUUUAACAGCCGAGGUGAUGGCUGGGAUGUGUUGUGACACAGAUAACUGGGUAGCUUUUUCUUGAUACUUAAAACGCCUGCUUAGCAAAGUUUAUAAGGUAGUCAAGCCGGGGGAGGACCAGUACAGGGUGAUCCAUGUAACUGUUAACUGUCAUCAGUUUGUAUAAUUUUGGCACAUCUCCUUUCUGUAAGUUUUGCAAAGAUUCUCUUUGUGUGUCCUUA